GUCCCCCUUCUUCCAUCAGUUCACGACCCACGACUCCCCCCUCUCCUCUCGUUCUCUGUGACCAUCUCCGGCGGCGGCGACGCUCUCUGUGAACGACCCAACGGCGGCGACGACGACGAGUUCUUCAAUCCCCCACCUGGGUCUUCUUCAACAGCUUGGACUCUCGUUUUCCGCCAAAAUUUAUAAAGAGUUUUGAAGUCUAAAGAUGAAAUUGGAGUCGGAAUAGAAAUCAAGAUUCAACUAGUACAAGAGAUUCAAAAGGAUUUUGAAAGUGAAGUGAUUUUGAGGAAUUUUCCCAAUGGCAAAGAAUCAGUCUUUUUUUAUAAAAGACACUAUCCACAAAUUGCAGCUUGCACUCCUUGAGGGCAUUCAAAAUGAGAACCAGCUAUUUGCAGCUGGGUCUCUAAUGUCUCGCAGUGACUAUGAAGAUGUGGUGACUGAGCGGUCUAUUUCUAACCUCUGUGGAUAUCCAUUAUGCCAUUCUAAUUUGUCGCCUGAUAAUACUAGGAAAGGCCGGUACAGAAUUUCAUUAAAAGACCAUAAGGUGUAUGAUUUACAAGAGACGUAUAAGUACUGCUCUUCUACUUGCCUCAUUAACAGCCGUGCCUUUGCUGGAAGAUUGCAAGAAGAGAGGUGCUCGGUUAUGAAUCCUGAGAAACUUAAAGAAAUUCUGAGGCUGUUCGAGAAUCUGAGUUUUGAUUCCAAGGAAAAUAUGGGAAAUAAUUGUGAUUUGGGCCUAUCAGACCUUGAAAUUCAGGAGAAGGCAGAAAGCAAUGUUGGAGAAGUUCCUAUUGAAGAGUGGAUGGGACCAUCAAAUGCAAUUGAAGGCUAUGUGCCGCACAGAGAUCAUAAGACCAAGACUUCACCCAGUAAAGAUGGCAAAGAAUCCGAGAAUGGUUCUAAAGCUAAAAUUAAGCCACUGGACGGUGGAAAAAAUUUCUUCAGCGAUCUGUCCUUCACCCGUACUAUAAUCACAGAUGAAGAGUAUAGUGUUUCAAAGAUAUCGUCUGGUUUGAAAGAGAUGACUUUUGAUACUAAGUUGAAGGCACAAACAGGAGAGUCAAAGGAACAAUUCACCAUUUUGGAAACACCAUCCGCUGCAGCUCCCGUGAAAAACAGUGUUGAACAGAAACCAAGAGGAUUAAAAGAAAGGAAUAAAGUAUCAGCCAACGGAAAAAGUACUACUAAUUUGUCUGAUGCUCCUUCAACUUCAAACCAGUGUGAUACUAGUUGCAAUUUAACGACAGAACCAAAUGGUGGAUCCAGUGAUCUUAGUGGAACCCAGAUCAAGCCCUCCCUUAAACAACCAGGCAAGAAAAACUUGCGUCGCUCUGUAACCUGGGCAGAUGAAAAAAUCGAUGACACCAGUAUCAGCAACCUUCCAGAAGUCAGAGAAAUUGGGAAGACAAAGCAUAAUUCUAGAGUCACAAGCAAUUUGGCAACUGUCGACAAUGAUAAUGAGGACAUAUUACGUAUUGAAUCUGCUGAAGCCUGUGCAAUGGCACUGAGCCUAGCAGCUGAAGCGAUAAAUUCUGGGCAAAAUGUGGUGUCUGAUGCAGUUUCGAAUGCUGGAAUUAUUAUAUUGCCACGUCCAAGUGAUGCCAACGAAGAAGCAUCCAUUAACGGUGAUGAUUUACCUGUACCACAUUCAACCCCAGAGAGGCCAAACAAACCUGGGACAUUACAUUCUGAUCUCUUUGAUCCCAAAGACUCUUGGUAUGAUGCACCUCCAGAGGGUUUCAGCCUAAGUUUAUCUUCUUUUGCAACUAUGUGGAUGGCAAUUUUUGCAUGGGUAACAUCGUCUUCCCUGGCCUACAUAUAUGGAAAAGAUGAAAGUUUUCACGAGGAGUUUCUAUAUAUUGAUGGGAGGGAGUAUCCUAAGAAAAUAAUUUCUGCUGAUGGUCGAUCUUCUGAAAUCAAGCAAACACUUGCUGGAUGUCUAACACGGUCAAUACCAGGACUUGCUUCUGAACUCAAGCUAUCAACCCCAAUAUCAAGUUUGGAGCAUGGAAUGGGGCAAUUGUUAGAGACUAUGACUUUCCUUGAUGCACUUCCAGCAUUCAGAAUGAAGCAGUGGCAAGUAAUUGUUCUCCUAUUUAUAGAAGCUCUAUCUGUUUGCCGGAUCCCUUCAGUUGCCUCUCAAAUGACGAAUAGUAGAAGUUUGUUUCACAAGGUGCUUGAUCGUGCUCAGAUACGGUCCGAUGAGUACGAGGUUAUGAAAGAUCAUAUCUUACCGCUUGGUCGAGUACCUCAAUUUUCAUCACAGAAUGACGCCUAGAGGACAAAAACUUGCAUCUUCAACCAAAACGUCAGUAGUACACUUGAGACAGAUUUAAAUUUCUGGCAUUGGCAGGGUUGAUAUUUCGAUUCGUGUCGAUGUUCAAUUCCCAGAGGGUCCGAUCCAAUUCACUCUGUGUAAUAAUCAGUAACUGUAUAUAUUUCACUCUAUUUUUACGGGUAGGUACUUAUUGGUAUUUUUUCGGGAAGAAUUAGUUCGACCUCCAGGCGGGUCAGUGUUGGUUGAUAAUGUAAAGAUUUUCUUCAAGGACUGGUUAUAAACAGGUGUGGUCUCUGUGCCAUUGUGGUGAUUUUUACCUUGUUAUUUUUGAACAACUCAACCCAAAACCACAUUUUCUCUGUUUGA